UAUUGUUGUUUCAGGCUUUACUCCGGCAGAAGGCAGAUUGGGCCUUCGUGCUACCAAAGGUCACGUGGAGGAGGCGAUCGCCCACAUUGAGAAGCGCAGACAAGAACUGAAGGCAGCUCGUGAGAGGGACGGCCUUGAACGUGAGAGUCGUAAGAUGGGCAAAUGCGCGGACGGGCAGCAGUGGGUGAGCGAGGUGGUGGUGUCGCAGCUGGUGGGCAUGGGCUUCCAGAGGGAGUUGGCCGUCGAGGCGGCAAGAAACAGCAAUAAUGUUAUCCAGGAGGCCAUCACGCUCAUCAACGAGCAGCCACAUGUGCUCACGCAACAGCUCAUGCGCACACUGUUGCACAAGAUAACUGAUCUGGUUUUCUAUCGACAAUGGCUAAGCUUGCUCUGAGAAAAAACAAUUUCAAUGUGGAG